GGGGGAACGACAUCAUUUAUCGUUCGUUUGUUACAACUUGACAUCUUUCGAUUGACAAUUUCCAUCUCUCGUCUUGAGGUAUAUGUUGUAAUUGAAUUGAAGAUACGAGCAGAUAUUAAGGAAAAAUGGUACUCAUUUGUCCACGACUUCAUUUAUUCGAGAUCAAUGAUCAGCCCUGGUUUCCCCAAUACCUCCGUCUAAAAGUCCAAUCCUGCCUGACCCUCUGCUGGACCUUCCGCGUCCCCAUCAUCCAACCCUCCUCCCCCGCCCAAUUAGUCGCCAAAACCCUCUCUCGAGUACUCUCCAACAACGUUACAUCCUAUACUUAUGUCGAUUUCUGUGCCGGGGCUGGAGGUCCGACUCCUUAUAUCGAAGUGUACAUGAAUGCGCAUUUGAAUACCUCUUCUACUUCUAACACCACCAAUGCCUCGACCUCCUCAAUCGCAAACCAUGAAGUCUCGUAUGCCGAAGUCGCAGCUACACCGAAACCCCAGAUAGACGGACUCGCUUUGCGUUCACCACGGCCUGUCAAUGGCGAUGAUAGAAAUGGCAAGGUACAAUUUGUGUUGACGGAUUUACAUCCUCAUAUCCCGGAUUGGACAGAAGCAUCGAAACGCAGCGAAAACCUCAAUUUUAUAUCUGAAUCUGUCGAUGCAGCAAACGCGCCGAGAGAUUUAUUAAAGAAUAUCAAUGGUGAGGCAAAUGGUGUACAUGGCGAGACCAAAGUUUUCCGUUUGUACAAUUUGGCUUUUCAUCAUUUUGGUGAUGAAUUGGGAGGCGAUAUAUUGAAGAAUACGGUGGAAACCGCGGAUGGUUUUGGUAUAUUCGAGCUCCAAGAGCGCACCAUUUCCUCCCUAAUAACCAUGUUCGCCAUGGGCAUAAUGAUUCUCGGAAUUACUCCCUUUUACUUUUGGCGUUCUCCAGGCCAUCUAUUUUUCACAUAUAUCAUACCCAUCAUUCCCUUUGUGUUGGUAUUUGACGGGAUCAUAAGUUCGGUUAGAACCAGGAGUGCCGGGGAAGUGGAGGCGUUGAUGAAGAAGAGUGGCGGUGAUACGAGUGGGUGGAAGGUGUUGAGUGGGAGGGAGAGACAUACAUGGCCGACCGGAUAUAUGACUUGGGUUAUGGGGGUUAAGGAGUAGUGUGAGAGCGGUAGAUUCUGGGGUUUGAGACAAGGGUUACCAUAAUAAGGUAAUUAUGGAAUACCAGGGUUAGCCUCCAGUUUCUUUGGAACCAUUGUAUCGUGUUAGCUGUGGUCACGAAGCCCUUGCUAGAAUCAAUGGAGUUCUUUCAAUAAAGAUCAGAUUGGUGGGGAGAACA